UAAUAAUAAGGCAAAUGGGGGCGGGCAUAUACACUCACUUGUAAAGGUCUCGACUUUCUUGAUAAUUUCGCCAUCGCCGUAGAUUUGGGUCGAGUCUUGGAAGCUCCGCCUGCAUUCGAUGAAUUCGAGGAUCCCAUUCCCUUUUCUUCACUCUUGAUUCAGAGACGCCAUUGCCAAAGUACUAUUUCAUCCAUCCUUUGCUUCUUCUUUCUCCUUCAAGCCAUGUCGCAUUCUCAUCUCCUCCACACUUCCUUCGUCCCCACCGCUCCCCCGUCGCUCCGCCGCCGGGCAGGAUGCGCAAUUCCUCUUCCCCGGAGAGCCCACGUGAUCCAAUCGAAGAUCCGGGAGAUAUUCAUGCCGGCCCUCAGCUCCACGAUGACGGAGGGAAAGAUCGUCAGCUGGGUCAAAUCGGAGGGCGAUAAGCUCGCCAAGGGGGAGUCGGUCGUGGUGGUUGAGUCCGACAAGGCGGAUAUGGACGUGGAGUCGUUCUACGACGGGUAUUUGGCCGCCAUUAUUGUCGACGAGGGCCUCUCUGCCGCCGUCGGUUCCACGAUUGCUCUGCUCGCCGAGACCGAGGAGGAAAUCGCCCUCGCGAAAUCCAAGAAAACGUCCUCUCCCGGCGGCGCAUCGCCGGCUGUCGCAGAAGAAAAUAAUGCCCCGACAGAGCUCGAAGAAAUGCCGAGCCCCGCCCCCGCCCCCAUCGCCGCCGCUACUCCAUCAGCGAAAACUAGCCUGCCCGCCGGACCUGCAUUGGGAUCCGCCGUGCACCCGGCGUCGGACGGCGGCAAGAGAGUGGUGGCUUCGCCGUAUGCCAAGAAACUGGCGAAGGAUUUGGGUGUGGAUUUGAGGGGGAUAGUUGGGAGUGGUCCGAACGGUCGGGUGGUGGCUAAGGACGUUGAGGCUGCUGCUAUGGCUGCUGCAGCAGCAUCUGGCGGCGGUGCUACUACUGCCGCGGAAAUAGCUCUCAGAGAUAUUGUGACGCCUAGUGGCGUCGAGCUAGGCUCGGUGGUGCCAUUCACUACAAUGCAGAACGCUGUGAGCAGGAACAUGGUGGAGAGUUUGGCAGUGCCAACAUUCAGAGUGGGCUACACCAUUACUACAGACGCUUUAGAUGCUCUGUACAAGAAGAUCAAGUCUAAGGGAGUUACGAUGACGGCACUUCUUGCCAAGGCAACAGCACUUGCAUUAGUUCAGCAUCCUGUAGUAAACUCUAGUUGCAGAGAUGGUAAGAGCUUUACAUACAAUUCUCAUAUCAACAUUGCCGUGGCAGUAGCCAUUGAUGGUGGUCUGAUCACUCCAGUUCUUCAAGAUGCUGACAAGAUUGACUUAUAUUCGUUAUCAAGAAAAUGGAAAGAGCUUGUUGAUAAGGCACGAGCAAAACAGCUCCAACCACAAGAAUACACUACAGGCACUUUUACUCUAUCCAACCUUGGAAUGUUUGGUGUGGACCGAUUUGAUGCAAUAUUGCCACCAGGGACUGGGGCGAUAAUGGCUGUUGGAGCAUCUCAACCUACUCUUGUCGGCACCAAGGAUGGACGAAUUGGCUUGAAAACACAGAUGCAGGUAAAUGUCACCGCAGAUCACCGAGUGAUUUACGGCGCUGAUCUGGCAGCUUUCUUGCAAACCUUGGCCAAGAUAAUAGAGGAUCCUAAAGAUCUGACUCUUUAAAACAAUCUUCCUCAUCAUGGGAAGUUUAUGCUUUCAAAUUAUCGUCUUGUUGAUCACCAUGUUACAAACCUUCGAAAGGCCUAAAAAAUUGUAUACACGGGAGUUCGCCAUCAACAGCCAAGACUCAUCAGAGCAGUAAAAUAAACUCGGCGCGCCGUAUGUGCUUGCAUGGUGACAAAUCCUUUAGUUUUCCCAAAGCUUAGAUUGCUUCAUAGACAACCCUCAGUGGUUUCCUAGUUUUGAAACCUUUGUAUUGUUCACAAGUAUAUUGUUCGGGUUUUUGAGAUUAUUACGCUUUGAUGAGGCUGUCUUUAUGUCUAA